AAUCCAUCACGAAAUUGAGAAAAGCAAGAGUGAGUGAGAGAGAGGAAGGCAGAGAAACAUCAACAUAAUUAAACAUGGCUGCUGCCUCCUCAGCCUACGCCGGCUUCUCCAUGCUCCCAUGGAGAAACAGCAGCCAGAAACUGAAAAAGAUCACCACUUUCUCAGUCUCAGCCCAGCAAGCAGAAGUCGAACAAGAGACAACAAAAGUAGAAACAGAGACGAAGAAGCAGCCGGGCAUGACCAAGCCACGGCCAGUGGAGCCGCAGCUGAACGUGGAGAGCAAAAACAUGGGGAAGGAAUACGGAGGGCAGUGGCUUAGCAGCACCACCAGGCACGUCAGGAUCUUCGCAGCCUACAUCGAUCCAGAGACGUGCGCAUUCGACCAGACGCAGAUGGAUAAGCUCACCCUCAUCCUUGACCCCACCGAUGAGUUCGUGUGGACAGACGACACCUGCACCAAAGUCUACUCCUACUUCCAAGAGCUCAUUGACCAUUACGAGGGAGCUCCGUUGACAGAAUACACGCUGCGUCUGAUCGGUUCAGACGUAGAACACUACAUAAGGAAGCUGCUGUACCAGGGAGAGAUCAAAUACAACAUGGAUGCAAGAGUGCUGAAUUUCAGCAUGGGGAAACCGCGCGUCGGAUUCAGCUACGACGGCCAAGUUCCCGAUACCUACUGAUACUUGUAUCAAAAUAUAUCUUUGCAAAGUAUUGUAAAAACACAACAAUAUCAUUUAUGCUGCUAUGCAUGACACAGCACUGAAA